GGUGACGGCUCACAUGCGCCGACCCAUCCUGGCAACACGUCCGAUCGUCUCAUCACCACCACCGUCGUAGCACUGCAACAAUGCGAACGCAAUCUCACUCCUGAUGAAGACUUCUUGAUCUCGCGCAUCCGCCCGUAUCGAAAUGUGGCGUUCUCCAGUCCUCCGCGGCAUCCCAGUCCACGAAAGCUCUGCACACGCAAAUGCACACGCAUGUCUCCGCGCUGUACUGGCAGUCGCACGGGCAAGUGGUCCGACACUGGUCUCUCCUAG